CUGACUUUAGACGCCAUUUUGUCAGCCAUUUCCUACGCUGAUCCAUUGCCAGCGUCUCUGCACAGCUCAGGACGCCCCGUCCGGCCUCAGCAGCUUCACCUACCCACCCGGGCUCGGUAGAUUGUAGCGGACCGCCAACGCCACUGUUCCCGGGUGGAUGAGAGACUAAACCCAGCGGGUCGGUCGGUUCGGUCUGCACUCAGAAGGACCGUCUCUGCAAGGCGCUUGGCCCCGAGGGACAGAGCGAAGCGGCACAAGUCACAGGCAGACAUGGCUUUGAAGAUUGUCAAAGGGAGCAUCGAUCGGAUGUUCGAUAAAAAUCUCCAGGAUUUAGUACGUGGCAUUCGGAAUCACAAGGAGGAUGAGGCCAAAUACAUCUCCACAUGCAUCGACGAGAUCAAACAGGAGCUCAAGCAAGACAACAUUGCUGUCAAGGCCAAUGCUGUGUGCAAGCUCACCUACCUUCAGAUGCUGGGCUACGAUGUCAGCUGGGCCGCUUUCAACAUCGUUGAAGUCAUGAGUUCCUCCAAGUUCACAUACAAGAGGAUUGGUUACUUGGCAGCCUCGCAGUGCUUUCACGAGAGCACAGAUGUCAUCAUGCUGACAACCAAUCAGAUCCGAAAGGAUCUCAGUAGUCCCAACCAGUAUGACACAGGUGUUGCCCUAACAGGCCUGUCUUGUUUUGUUACCCCUGAUCUGGCACGGGACCUCGCUAACGACAUUAUGACACUGAUGUCCCACACCAAACCCUACAUCAGGAAGAAAGCUGUGCUAAUCAUGUAUAAGGUAUUUUUAAAGUACCCAGAAUCUCUGCGCCCCGCUUUCCCAAGACUCAAGGAGAAACUGGAGGACCCAGAUCCAGGUGUCCAGUCAGCAGCCGUCAAUGUGAUUUGUGAGCUGGCGAGGAGGAACCCAAAGAACUACCUGUCUCUCGCCCCCCUUUUCUUCAAGCUUAUGACCUCCUCCACCAAUAACUGGGUUCUCAUUAAGAUCAUCAAACUGUUUGGUGCGCUCACGCCUCUGGAGCCAAGGUUGGGGAAAAAGCUCAUUGAGCCUCUGACAAACUUAAUCCACAGCACCUCUGCCAUGUCUUUGCUGUAUGAAUGUGUCAACACUGUAAUUGCAGUGUUGAUUUCUCUGUCCUCUGGGAUGCCCAACCACAGCGCUAGCAUCCAGCUCUGUGUGCAGAAACUGCGAAUCCUGAUAGAAGACUCGGACCAGAACUUGAAAUACUUGGGCUUGCUCGCCAUGUCCAAGAUCCUGAAGACGCACCCCAAGUCUGUCCAGUCUCAUAAGGACCUCAUCCUGCAGUGUCUCGACGACAAAGAUGAGUCCAUUCGUCUCAGAGCGUUGGACCUUCUCUACGGCAUGGUUUCUAAAAAGAACUUGAUGGAGAUUGUGAAGAAGCUGAUGCUGCAUGUGGACAAAGCCGAAGGAACCACUUACAGGGACGAACUUCUCACCAAGAUCAUCGAUAUCUGCAGCCAGAGCAACUACCAGUACAUCACCAACUUUGAAUGGUACAUCAGCAUCCUGGUGGAGCUGACCCGAUUAGAGGGCACACGACACGGCCACCUCAUCGCCUCUCAGAUGUUGGACGUCGCCAUUCGAGUGAAGGCCAUCCGAGCGUUUGCCGUCGCUCAGAUGGCCACUUUGCUGGACAACGCCCACCUGCUGACGGGCAACACGCAGCGGAACGGCAUCUGCGAGGUUCUGUACGCUGCGGCCUGGAUCUGCGGCGAGUUCUCAGAACACCUGGAGAACCCGACGCAGACGCUGGAGGCCAUGCUGCGGCCCAAGGUGGCCACGCUGCCGGGCCACAUCCAGGCUGUGUAUGUUCAGAACGCAGCCAAGCUGUUUGCAACGGUGCUGAAGGGCGAGGAAGGGAACACGGACAGCACAGCUGCGCAGGAAGCCAGCCAACUAAUGAUAGACAGGCUGCCGCUGUUUGUGCAGAGCGCCAACCUCGAAGUCCAGGAGAGGGCGUCCUGCAUCCUGCAGCUGGUCAAGUACAUCCAGAAGCUUCAGCAGAAGGACGUGGAAGUGGCAGAGGAAGUCAACGCGCUGUUUGCAGGAGAACUCAACCCCGUGGCACCAAAAGCGCAGAAGAAAGUUCCUGUUCCUGAGGGCCUGGACCUGGACUCCUGGAUCAACGAACCGCCUUCUGAAAGCGAGUCUGAGGACGAGCAGCCGAAGGCGAUUUUUGCGAAGGAGGAGCCGAAACACUCCAGACCUCGUCACACGGAGGUGGACGAGAAAGAGCUCGCAAGGAGGAGGGAAGCCAGAAAGCAGGAGCAAGCCAACAAUCCGUUCUACAUCAAGGCUUCCCCGUCCUCUCAGAAGGUGUACCAAGAAGCUCCUGGAGUGGAGCACAUCCCAGUAGUGCAGAUUGACCUCAAUGUGCCUCUCAAAGUCCCAGGUCUGCCCAUGUCUGACCAGUACGUGAAAAUGGAGGAGGAGCGCCGUCAGAAAGAGCGAGCAGAGAAGAAGAAGAAGGAAAAGAAGAAGAGGAAAGAAAAGCGCAGCGGACGAGGGAAGAAACACGAUUCGGCUCCGGAGAGCGAAGAGGACAUCACUCCGGCUCACAUGGUGGACAUCGUUACAGAGGAGAUGCCAGAGAAUGCCUUACCCAGUGAUGAUGAUGAAAGAGACCCCACUGACCCCCACAAAGCUCUGGACAUCGACCUGGACAAUUUGAUGGAGUCGGCUGGGCGCAGGCCGCUUGCAGACAGCGAGAAGCUGCCGGUCAGGUCACAUCGUCCUGCCGAGGCCCAGAAAAGCCCAACGGAUGGAGAAACUGAAAAUGCGACUUUGCCGGAACCCAAGAAGAAGAGCAGCAAAGAAAAGAGAGAGAAAAAGAAGGACAAAGAGAGAGAUCGGAAGGUGAAGAAAAGCAAAGACGAGAAAAAGAAGAAAAAACACAAGCAUGAAGACAAGGAGGAGGAUCUCCUCGGGGGUCAGGCUGACGAACCUGUGCUCCAAGCAGAAGAAACGAGUCAAGUGGCAGAACCGCCCUCUUCCUCUUCUACUGCUGCAGAGGUAUCGGAUCUGGAUUUCUGGCUCUCAAACGCUCCAGUGCCCUCUAACACCCAGGAAGCAGCAACAGUAGCAGCAGCAGCAGCCGCCCCAGAGCCCUCCGUCACAGCGCCAGACUCCGAGCCAGACGAACCCAAAGACACAGAAAUGGAGGAGACGAAGUCCUCAAAACACAAGAAGAAGAAGCAGAAAAAGGAGAAGGAAGAGAAGAAGAAAAAGAAGAAGCAUCACCACCAUCAUCACCAUAGUGACGGUGCUGGAGACGAGUCGGUUCAGAACGGCACCGUUGAGGAGGAAGAGCCCCUCCCGCCAAUGUCCAAUUACUGCCUGCUGGCUGAGAACUCCUACAUCAAGAUGAUGAUGGAAGAUGCUGACGAGGUGUACGACAUCCAGGGGAACCUGCAGGAUGGCAGCCAGGUGGUUGUGUCUGUUAUAUUUGAAAACAAGUGCAACAGCUUCCUCAAAUCCAUGGAGUUCAACGUCUUGGACUCUCUGAACUCCAAACUACAGAGGCCAGAAGGCUCGGGUCCUCACGAUGGCCUCGUCGUCCCCUUCCAACUUCCUCCAGGUGUGUCCAAUGAGGCACGGUUUGUCUUCACUGUGCAAAGCAUCGUAAUGCCACAGAAACUGAAGGGAACUCUAACCUUCAUUGUUAAGAAUGAAGACGACUCCACUCAUGAGAAACUGGACUUCAAACUGCACUUUACCUGCACCUCCUAUUUAAUCACUACUCCUUGCUACAGCGACGCUUUUGCAAAACUGUUGGAGUCGGGAGACCUGAAGAGCAGCUCGGUGCGGCUGGAGGGAGUCAACAUGCCCUUCCACCAUCUGCUGGCCAGGAUCUGCUUCCACCACCACUUCUCAGUUGUGGAGAGGAUCGACUCCUGUGCCUCCAUGUACAGCAGGUCCAUCCAGGGUCACCACGUCUGUCUGCUGGUCAAAACUUCUGCUCAGACGGUGUCCAUCGACGCAAAAUGCGACGAGCCGACGCUGCUUGGGAAUGUGCUGGAUGAGAUCAAGCAGACCUUCUCUCAGUGCUGAUUGUUUCUGACGGCCCCAGGGUGCACCCGGCCCCUCCAUGCCACCCACUCCCUCAUUAUAGCAACACAAUCACAUUACGAAA